UAUUAAUGAGCCCAGCUCUAUAAUGAACACCCUAAAACUGAUUAAGUUGCUUCAGAAAAGGAAACUGCUAAAAACGAAAAUGAAAUGCAGAAAAUGUAAUCACGAGAUGAAAAUGAAGAAAAGGACACACAUCGGAGAUCAAUAUGCUUGGAUUUGUCGACAAGCAGCACAUCAAGGAAGGGCAAAACAAAUUUCUGUCAGGUACAAAUCUAUUUUCAGUGGAUCAAAGGUCUCCUUCAGUAAGUGGAUGCAAUUUAUGUACAGCAGUGGAAAGGAUGAGAAGGCGUACAGGCCAGCAGAUUGGUGGAAGAAGGGAGUUUGUUGUGAUCGACGAAAGCCAUUUUCGGCACAAAAGAAAAUAUGGUAGAGGAAGAAUGGCUGGUGGGUGGAAAAGAAAGAAGUGGGUCUUCGGGAUGUUAGGUGUGAGGCAUCAUCAGCACCAUAGAUCUGGAAAACCUAUUCUACGUCUUCUGGAGAGAAGAUCUCGAAGUCAUCUAGUCCCCUUGAUUGCGCAUCAUGUGAAGCCUGGGUCAUCAAUUAUAAGUGAUGAGUGGCGUGCCUAUCGCAUACUCCCUGCACUAGGGUACAACCAUCACACUGUCAACCACAGCAGGUGGUAUGUAGAUCCCCACACUGGUGCCCAUACCCAGCAUAUUGAGAGGGCCUGGAGAUCCUACAAGGAGCAGAUCUGGAGGCUUAGGGGAAAUCGGACUGAGAGUUUGCUUACGGACCACCUUGCAGUGAUUGAAUGGAAUGAAUGGCUGGCAAAGAAACACUAUGAUGGUGCAUUUGGCAGACUGAUUCAUGACAUUUCUAGAAAGUACAAGUAGUCAUAUUCAGUCACUGUAACCACUAUUUUGUGACUCACUGUUUGAAAUGAAUUUUCACUCAGCCAUGAAACCGAAACAAGAAAACCUACUUACUACACAAAAAUAUUUUGAUUAUUUUCUUAAAUUUGUUAUGUUUAUU